GGUCACAUGACUACAGGCCAGCUGAUCAUCACGGACGAGGACAAGAUCACGGCCAUUAGCUUUAUCUGUGCAGUUUCUUCUAAAUGAAAGCAUCUUUAAUCAUAAUCUAUAAAUAGGAACUAAAACUACCUUGACGGGAUCGAGUUUAGAGAGAGAAAGUAAAAAGAAGAUAGCUGUAGUCGACUUAAAGACGACAAAAUGUCUGGAAAGGAAAGGAUUGACGUAUUCCCCUCCAGAAUGGCUCAGACCAUCAUGAAGGCUCGGCUGAAGGGAGCGCAGACCGGCCGCAGCCUGCUCAAGAAGAAAUCUGACGCCCUUUCAAUGCGUUUCCGUCAGAUCCUUCGCAAAAUUAUCGAAACCAAAACCAAGAUGGGAGAGGUGAUGAGAGAGGCAGCUUUCUCUUUGGCUGAAGCCAAGUUUACCGCUGGAGAUUUCAGCACGACUGUCAUCCAGAACGUCAACAAAGCCCAGGUCAAGGUCCGAGCCAAAAAGGACAAUGUAGCAGGUGUGACCCUUCCAGUUUUUGAACACUACCAAGAAGGCGGGGACAGUUAUGAACUCACUGGUCUGGCCAGAGGAGGAGAGCAGCUCUCCAGGCUGAAGAGGAACUAUGCCAGAGCUGUGGAGCUGCUUGUAGAAUUAGCAUCUUUACAGACAUCUUUUGUCACUCUGGAUGAAGCCAUAAAGAUCACCAACCGGCGUGUUAACGCCAUCGAGCACGUGAUCAUUCCAAGGAUUGACCGCACUCUGACUUACAUCGUCACAGAGCUAGAUGAGCGAGAAAGAGAGGAGUUCUACAGGCUGAAGAAAAUCCAAGAGAAGAAGAAGCAGCUUCGGGAGAGGACAGAGCUGGAGAUCGCUGCCAGGCUGGCUGCCCUGGGACCCAUCGCUGAGCCCGCCAACAUGCUGACGGAGGAGACGGACGAGGACCUGCUGUUUGAGUGAAGCCCUCUGCAGUUUGACCCUCAUCAUGUUAUUUAUUCUGUGCAUCUCUGGCCAUGUUUGUUUUCUCAUACAAGCAAUGAAAGUAAUGUUUGUGUUUUAUGUUUGAGAUUAUUCAUUUUGAUGUUUUUGUGUUGAAAGAUCAGAGAAAUGUCCAAGUGUGUCACUGUUCAGGAACCUGAGUGUUCCCUCAAAAACUCCUUUUCCACCAGAGAAUCUAACAAGCAAACAUCAUUGUUUACAUGGGGUUACAAGUGAAAUAAAUAAUAAAAAAAAGCAUUCCAUGUGACUUGAUCAGCUGUAGAUAUUCAAGUUUGUUCAUAAUAUCUGGAGCCAUUGCAUGCUGUAAAUCUUGAUGUGGUUAAAGUUUUCAAAGAGUGUAAGAGUCUGUGAUUUGGAAAUCUGUUAAUCUCCUGACUCUUAUCUUGGGGUUGACCUCACGGGAGGGUGUUUGCCAUCACAUGGAUUCUCUGUAAUGUGUCACUGUAAAAUGUGUGAGAGUCAAUAAAGCCAGGCACUUCAUAGAAAUAAAGAUGUUCUAAAU